AUGGAGUACGCGAAGAAAAUGGUCGUCGUACCGCAAGAGUUGAUCGAGCGGUUACGAAACAGUGGUGACAACAACAACAACAACAACAACAACAACAAAAACAACAACAAUGAUAAUAUAAAGUCGUCAUCGAAUCGAUUCGGAGAUGACAGAGGCAACAGUAUCGACAAUGAAAUGCAUCGCAUAUUGACGGAUAAAACUUUGAGCGAUUACGAAAAAUGGAAGCAAUAUCAACAGGUGUUGCAAAGAUUUUUACAUUUUGCCUCUGUCAAUAGACAACCGAUCAGUAUUCCCAUCAUAGAGACAUCAACAUCAUCAUCAUCAUCAGCAGCAUCAUUACUGCAAGCAGCAUCAGCGUCGUCGCCGCCACCCGGUACAGUGGAGGAGAUAGUGGACACUUUUUCUAAAACGUACAAGCCGGAUGUGCGUAAUCUGUUACGAUUCAUCGUCCGCGAAGGUAGUGUGAUAAAUUGGGAUAAGGACUUUGCGGUGUAUGUGCGAAAUGAAAAAAUUCCCGAUUCCAACAUCGUGGACAUAUUACACUGCAUAGUGAGAGUCCGUAUGGUGGAUUACAUGCCCGCCGGUUGGUACGAAGUCAUGAACGCGUUACGCGACAUGAAUGUGCCCAAGGAGUAUAUAAACAAUUCAACGGCGUUACAGUAUCUGGGUGCGGGAUACAGAUCGUUACGUGGUGACGUGGCGUCGGCUGCGGCAAGUAGUCCGAUCAUAUCGUCGGCACCGAGAACACCUAUGCGCGAUCGUUUACGUUCUGCUUACGUUAAUCAGCAGCGGACGCUAUCACCUACUUCACCGUUACCCUCGUUGGCGGCUCAUCGAAGACAACGAACACAACAACAGCAAGAUAGAGAUCAAUCACUUUCACCGUUGGACAGGUGGGAACCGUUUUCACCAUAG